AUGCCCAUCGCAGUCUCGCCAACAUUGCCCAAGAAUGGCCUCACCAAAUUCACCAACUGUCGAUUGCUGAAAGGCAACGAUCUGGUCUGGGAUGACCUUUGGGUCAGCUCCGUCAAUGGAAAGAUCAUUGACAGUCAGGCUUCCUUUUAUGGUGGCCGUAAUAUGCCUGAUAACACUAUUGAUCUCGGCGGUCGCAUCAUCGCCCCGGGUUUCAUCGAGUGCCAGCUCAACGGUGCCUUUGGGUUCAACUUUUCAACUCUCCUCGAUGACAUGACCGAAUACGGCAAAAACAUUCAAAAGGUCAACCGUCUACUGGUUAGGACAGGGGUCACGUCCUACCUGCCAACCAUCACAAGUCAACGGCCGGAACUAUACCAAAAGACACUUCCAUACCUUGGCCCGUCCGGGGAACUGCGGAUCCCCCACCACGGAGCCGAGUCUCUCGGAGCUCAUUGUGAAGGCCCUUUCUUGAGCCCUACCAAGAACGGAAUCCAUAAUGUCGAUGUUCUCACCGAAGCUCAUUCUAUCGAGGAUAUCGAACAAUGCUAUGGUCGAGAAAACAUGGUCCCUCGCCCUGAUGGUUCUCUAAUUCCCAUCAAGAUGAUUACAGCAGCACCAGAACGCGGACAAAUGAUGAACCUGAUCCCGGAGAUCAUAUCAAGAGAUAUUAUCUACUCCGUUGGCCACACCGAAGCAACAUACGAAGAAACAUCUCAGGCUGUCGGUAAGGGUGCUACAAUGAUUACGCACCUCUUCAAUGCAAUGCGCCCACUUCACCACCGAAACCCAGGAGUCUUUGGAGUCCUGGGCAAGGCCGAGAGCUUGCCUCGACCGUACUUCGGCAUCAUCUCUGACGGAAUUCACUUGCAUCCCACAACCAUCAAGAUCGCCUACAGUGCUCACCCGGAUGGGUUCAUUCUAGUCACAGAUGCGAUGCAUCUUGUAGGUCUUCCUGAUGGAGCUUAUCCUUGGACAAAUGGAGACAAUACAUCCAAUAUCGUCAAACGGGGUUCAAAGCUUCUCCUCAAUGAUUCCGACACUAUUGCCGGAAGCUCAAUUACUCUGCUCGAGUGUGUUAACAAUUUUAUGAAGUGGACUGGAGCUAGCAUCCCUCAGGCCCUUGGAGCGGUGACAUCAACACCUGCAGCUAUGCUUGGCUUACAGGGGGUCAAAGGCACGCUAGAAUCGGGUGCCGAUGCAGAUCUGGUGAUUCUAUCAGACGGGUAUGGAAUUCGGGACGAAGUUGGAGGAUCAAGCGAAGUUCUUGUGCUGGAUGAAGUGUGGAAGUUUGGCGAGAGUGUAUUUGCCUCUGCUGCCGAAGGCAAGUCAAAGUGA